ACUACAACUCCAGAACCUAUUUCGACAACCACUGCAGCUCCUGCUACAACAACUACCACUUCAGCUCCUACGACAACACCAACAACAGCAACUACAACAACUGUAGCUCCUACGCCAACUGCAGCUCCUACAACAACUUUAGCGUCCACUUCAACCACAGCAGCUGCCUCUACGACAACCACUGCAGCUCUAACUACAACAACUGCUGCUCAAACGACCACUACAACUCCAGAGCCUAUUACGACAACCACUGCAGCUCCUGCUACAACUACAACUUCAGCUCCUACGACAACCACAACAACAGCAACUACAACAACUGUAGCUCCUACAACAACUUUAGCGUCCACUUCAACCACAGCAGCUGCCUCUACGACAACCACUGCAGCUCUAACUACAACAACUGCUGUUCCUACGACCACUGCAACUCCAGAACCUAUUACGACAACCAGUGCACUUCCUACUACAACAACUGCUGUUCUAACGACCACAGUGACUGCAGCACCUUCUACAACAACUACAACUUCAGCGCCUACGACAACCACAACAGCAACACCUACA